UGUCCAUUAGGUUUUGUUGUUGAUGUGCGGCUUACUUUCUCAAAUGCUUUCACUUACAACCCACGAAAUGAUUUUCACUUUAUGGCCGAGACGAUUAGUAAAUAUUUUGAACAGAGAUGGAAAGGCAUAGAGAAGAAGCUUCCAGUUACUACUGAUGUGCAGUCUUUGCCUUCAAGAGCGGCUCUUCGCGUGGAAACUGAGACUGCUGCACCUAUGCCACCCUCAAAAAAGAAGAAAAGUACACCAAAUGAUACUAGUGUCAAGCCUGAAGCUCUGAAACGCAUGUUGACUGAUGAGGAGAAGGCUAAACUGACCAUGGAGUUGGAGGCUUUGAUGGACGCAGAAGUGCCUCUAAAUAUUGUUAAUUUCCUACAAGAGCAUAGUCAUAGUGAAGGGCAAACCAAUGAUAAUGAGAUCGAGGAUGACCUUGAAGCUUUUAGUGAUGAUACCUUGUUUGCUCUACGGAAGCUUUUGGAUGAACAUCUGCUGGAGAAACAGAAAAGGCAGGCGAAAGCUGAACCUUGUGAAAUGGAGAUUCUUAAUGAGUCAGGAUUUAGCAACUCAUCAAUGCAACCAUGUAAAGGCCAUGACCCAGGCGAUGAGGAAGUGGAUAUUGUUGGUGGGAACGAUGCUCCUAUUUCAAGCUUUCCUCCAGUGGAGAUAGAGAAAGAUCCAGCUCACAGAAACAGUAAAUGCAGUAGCUCAAGUAGCUCCAGUAGUGAAUCAGGCUCUUCAUCCAGUGGUUUGUGUUUCUACCUACUUUUCAUAUAUGUAGGUUUAUAA